GUGGUCAUGAAUAUUCAUACGAUACCACUUCUGUGUGCCAAACAACUUACCAACUCGACCUAUGAUGCAGCUGCUUUAAGCUGUACCAUGUCGUUGUCUCCCUUUCUGUCUGUAUACACAACAUCUUUCCCACAUGGCAAAUGGGCUUCUGUGUGUUUCAAUGGAUAUUUUGUAAAUACAAAAGGGCCCUAACAAAGAGUUGGCUUCACACAACUUCCCAGUCCACAUCUAACGAACAUGGAGCGAACAAGCAGCAUUAGGAGAAAAGCCACACAUAAAGGAGAAGUAAUGAUCGCAGGAGAACAACUAAGGUUGAGACUCCACGAUGGAAAGCUGAUCAAGGACCGCCGCUACCACCUGCGCACGUAUCCUAACUGCUUUGUGGCACAGGAACUAAUCGACUGGCUAGUGAGCCAUAAGGAAGCUCCAGAUCGAGCGACGGCCGUCCGCCUCAUGCAGCACCUCAUGGAUCAUGACAUCCUUCACCACGUCUGUGAUAAAAUGCCGCUGUUGAAGGAUGCCAAACUGCUGUACCGUUUCCGCAAGGAUGAUGGUACGUUUUCCUUCAAUAGAGAGGUGAAAAUCUUCAUGCGAGGCCAACGGCUCUAUGAACAUCUCAUAGGGGACAAGAAGUCAAUUCUGCAGCUGAGAGAGGAGCAUGGCGUUGCAUAUCAGCGCUCCUUUCCUGGCGGCCAGUUGAUUGACUGGCUCCUUCAGAACGGGGAGGCGGAAAGCCGGUGCCGGGGACUGGAGCUGUGCCGCGCAAUGCAAGAGCAUGGCAUCAUUCAGCAUGUGGCAAAGAAAUAUGAAUUCUUUGACAGCAGAUUGCUGUAUCAGUUCUGCAUCAAUUUUCGCCGGAGACAUCGCCUAUCUGAACUUUUGCGCGAAAGUGAAAAGGACGACAAAGGCGCUAUAGUGUCCACACAGGAGGACAGCCGUGCUGACAGUGCGUUUGUUUGGCACAAAAGCUCACCUCAGGAAGACAGUAAUGCGUUCCAGUCUGUGAGGUUAAGUAAAGAUCUGACACAGGUGACCAGGGGGCAUCGAGGCAGCUUGAACUCCGCUCAGCUUCACUCUUCUGGAUUUCCACUUCUGGUCCAGCUGUCUUUGCCCUCAGUGAGAUGCAAUCCUAAAUCAGUGCUAAGAAGACAUUUUACAUGUGAAGAGUUAUUUGCACCUGGAGCUCCUUUAAUCAAGAAAGUGUUGACGGUUAUCGGAGAUGCCCUGGGCUGGGGCUUUGUUGUCAGAGGCACGGCACCUUGUUAUGUGCAGGCUGUUGACCCCGAAAGCCCUUCAGCAGCUGCAGGUGUUAAGGUGCGGCAGUUUGUGUGGCAGGUGAACGGACGGUGCGUCCUCUACCUGAACUACAGGACUGUCACCAGGCUGGUGAUGACAGGGCCUCGCACCGUCGUUCUGGAAGUUCUGGAACUGCUAGAAUGACAACAACAACAACAUUUUUCUAGCUCUUGUUUUAGAUACAACUACAUUUGCUGGAACUGAAUUAUAACAUUAUGUAGUGUAUUAUUUUCAAUUAAAGCCUAUU